GGAUACGAAGUGCACAAUUGACAAAAUACUAUCAGCCGCCGGCAGGUGGAAAAAGCAGAGAGCACUGAAAAUCACUUUCUGAUCUCUCACAUGAAGGCGUCGGCUUCCGUAGUCCAACAAUGGCCGCCAUAACUCCGACUGCCAGUCCCCUCCACUUGCCAGCUAAGGCUUCUCAGGUUCGGAUUUUCGUUGCGGGCUCUUACUCAAUUCUCCGUGUCAAAAACUUCGGCCUGUGGCCGCCUGAGAUCCGAGCCGUGUCCAGAAAGCUUCCGUCUCUUGAAGCCGUUAGGUGCUUCACAAAGUCUGCGGAGGAGAGCGGAACGGAUAGUUCGGUCAGUGACGAGGAGGUUAGGGAAGACGACAAUGAGAUUCAAUCGCAAUAUGCCUCCGUUGAUGCGGUUCGUCCCGACUUCUCCGACAGUUCGCUCAUUUCAAAGACUGGCACCGGAGAUUCUUUGUCCCUCGGCAUUCGUGAACCUGUUUACCAGGUAGUGGAAGUAAAGUCAAAUGGGAUGAUUUCAUCAAGGAAAAUAAACAGAAGACACCUGCUGAAGUCAAGUGGCCUCCGCCCUAGAGAUAUACGAAGUGUUGAUCCUUCAUUGUGGUUAAUAAAUUCCAUGCCGGCUUUACUGGUGCGUGAGCAUGCAAUUCUACUGAACCUGGGAUCUUUGCGGGCCAUAGUAAUGCAGGAAAGUGUUCUUAUAUUCAACUAUAACAGUCGCGGAGGAAAAGCUUUCAUAGAUGCAUUGUUACCUCGAUUAAAUCCUAAAAACAUGAAUGGAGCACAAUCAAUGCCGUUUGUGCUUGAGGUGGUUGAAGCAGCCUUACAUUCAAGGAUACAUCGAUUGGAGCAGAAACUGUGGAGUUUGGAACCUCAUGUACAAUCUUUACUUGAGGUUUUGCCUAAUAGAUUGACUGCUGAUGUGUUAGAGCAGCUCCGAAUCAGCAAGCAAUCAUUGGUUGAAUUAGGUUCCAGAGCAGGCUCUCUCAAACAAAUGUUGCUUGAUAUUCUUGAGGAUACUCAUGAAAUACGUCUUAUCUGCAUCAUGGGUAGAGAUUGUACCCUGAAGAAGGAAAAUGAUGACAUGGAAUGUGUUGUUCCCCUUGAAAAGCAGAUUGUAGAGGAAGAAGAGGAGGAAAUUGAAAUGCUUUUGGAGAACUAUCUUCAAAGAUGUGAAUCUUGUCAUGGUCAAGCAGAAAGGCUACUUGAUUCUGCAAAAGAAAUGGAAGACUCGAUUGCUGUUAACCUGAGCUCAAGGAGGCUUGAAGUGAGCAGGGUGGAAUUACUCCUGCAGGUUGGGGCAUUUUGUGUUGCUGCUGGUGCUUUAGUAUCAGGUAUAUUUGGUAUGAAUUUGAGAUCUUACCUUGAAGAACAAGCGUUCGCAUUUUGGCUAACAACAGCCGGGAUCAUUGUUGGUGCUGUUGUUACAUUUUUUCUCAUGUAUAAAUAUUUGAGAACAAGAAAGAUACUGUGAACCCCGAUCUAGCGGUGAUUUAAGCUGUUCUUAAUGUCUCAAUUCACAACCAUCAAGUGGAAGGGUAUUGUUUGUUUUGGGGGUUGGGCCCAGAGUCCCAGACGCCCGACGUUCUUUGCCGAAUGAAGCCAAUGGCACAAAGAACCCCUGUCAGUGUACGCUGUCCUGUUCUGGAUAAAAAAUCUAACCAUUUCUCAUCUCUGCAACACAGAAUAAGAGUGCUUCUCAGUUGGAUUUUGAGAAGAAAUAGGGAAACACUACUUUAAAGCCAUUAAAGGGAUGGGUGGGACACCAUUGAUAUCAUGCAGAUAAUUCUUAUGCCCGGUUCGCUAUUACUAUCACACACUUGGGCUAGACAAAAAAUAUAUAUAGGUGAGAUUGUAAUACAAGCAUGGGUAGCAUCAAGGACGUAGCCAAGAUCACCCCCCCACCCCCACCCCACUUGGGCUAGACAAAAAAUAUACGAUAGUAUAUAGGUGAGAUUGUCCAAAACAGAGAAUAAUGUAUGCAACUUUAAAUACUUUUCUAGUGAUAAUAACUAAAUUCACCAUCAUAUUAUUCUUGUUUCCAAUUUAUUUUGUAGAAAUUGUUUGUGUGAACUGCUUUUUUUAAGAGUGGUAUGGUU